GAAAAACGCAAAGCUGAGGAAGCCCUCAGUGACCUAAGACGUCAGUAUGAAACAGAAGUAGGAGAUCUACAGGUGACCAUUAAAAGGUUAAAAAAGCUUGAAGAACAAUCAAGACACAUAAGUCAAAAGCAAGAUGUGACAGCAUUAAAGAAACAAAUUUAUGAUUUAACAAUGGAAAAUCAAAAACUCCAGAAAGAUCUUCUGGAAGCACAGACAAAUAUAGCCUUUCUUCAGAGUGAACUAGAUGCUUUAAAAAGUGAUUAUGCCGACCAGAGUCUGAAUUCUGAACGGGAUCUGGAAAUAAUCCGAGAGUACACAGAAGAUCGCAAUAGUCUUGAGAGGCAAAUUGAAAUCCUCCAAACAGCUAACAGGAAGCUACAUGACAGUAAUGAUGGCCUCAGGAGUGCACUAGAAAACACUUACAGCAAGCUCAACAGAUCCUUGCGUAUAAAUAACAUAUCACCAGGAAAUACAAUUUCUAGAAGCAGUCCCAAAUUUCAUCACCAUUCUUCUCAACCACUGGCCUAUGAUAGGUCAUUCCAUUCUUCAUAUGCAGAUGAGGAUUGUGACUCUUUGGCUCUCUGUGAUCCUCUGCAGAAGAUGAAUUAUGAAGUUGACAGCCUGCCUGAGAGCUGCUUUGACAGUGGCUUGUCUACUUUGAGAGACUCCAAUGAGUGUGACUCUGAGGUAGACUACAAGCAACAGGGAGGAUUUCAGAGUUUACACAGAACACAGGAAAGCCUUCGGGGAGAUGCAUCAGACACAGAUGUUCCGGAUAUAAGAGAUGAAGAAGCAUUUGCUUCUGAAAGUGUGGCCUCUGUCUUACACUGGAAGCCACAGGGGUCUGCUGGUGAGGGCAGUACUGUUAUUUCUUCCAGAAAGCCCAUCUCAGCUCUUUCAUCUCAAAUAAGCAUGGUGGAUGACAACUCCAAACAUACAUCUCAGAAGGCUUACAAGAUCGUGCUUGCAGGGGAUGCUGCAGUGGGAAAGUCCAGCUUUCUCAUGAGACUCUGUAAGAAUGAAUUUCAGGGAAACACAAGUGCAACCCUAGGAGUUGAUUUUCAAAUGAAAACUCUAAUUGUAGAUGGUGAACAAACAAUUCUUCAGCUCUGGGAUACAGCUGGACAAGAGAGAUUCAGAAGUAUCGCCAAGUCUUACUUCAGAAAAGCAGAUGGUGUCUUACUGCUGUAUGAUGUCACUUGUGAAAAAAGCUUUCUUAAUGUACGAGAAUGGGUGGAUAUGGUUGAGGAUGGAGCCCAUAGAACUAUUCCUAUCAUGUUAGUAGGAAACAAGGCUGAUCUUCGUGAUGUUUCUACUUCAGAGAAACAAAAGUGUAUAUCAGCAUAUCUAGGAGAAAAACUGGCCAUGACCUAUGGAGCAUUAUUCUGUGAAACAAGUGCCAAAGAUGGCUCCAAUGUGGUGGAAGCUGUUCUUCAUCUUGCUCGGGAAGUGAAAAAAAGGACAGAGGAUGAUGACAGCAGAUCCAUCACCAGUCUAGUUGGGUCCACUUCCAGAAAGUCACUGCAGAUGAAGAACUGUUGCAAUGGCUAAAUCUCUACUGUCCUUAGUUCAUAAAGUUACUGUUUCCAGAUUACUGAUUGUGGGACACUGGUUCUCCAUGGAGUGAUGCAUCAUAGCACACUGACCUAUGAAGAACUGCAGCCUGGCAAAUUGUGCUGCUCUUGCCUAUUUUCAGGAACUUUGGGCUUUCCUUGCUGUCUCAGCGAGCUGUUUGGGGUGUCUGGCCAUGUAGAACAGUAAGAGAAAAUAUGUUAAUAUUUUUAAUAUGAUAUAGUAAAACAAAACAGAAUUCUCAGAUCAGGUUAUUGAGAAACCACUUGUAAAAUUGCUUUGUAAGAAAACCUGUAGUGUGAAGUUAACCCGUGACAGUGUUUACUUAAAAUUUUGGGCAAAAGAGCAAAAUACUUUAUUUGUAUAUGGAAGUCAGUGCUUUCAUACAGAGAACAAGGAGACUAGCAGUAAAUUAUAUAAUACAACUUUAAACCAUGGGUGGCAUAAGAUAGCAUGAAUAUUUUCAUUUGGCAAAUCGGCUUUCCUGUUACCUAGCCUGAUAAAGUUGGGCAUGUCCAGCUCACAUUAGAUUUGUUCCCGUCUGUAAAACCAGGAAGUUGGUCUCCAGGGCCUCUUGGAUUCUGUAGCAUUUUAAGAAGCAGGAAGAGCACAGUGGUCCACAAUUGCUAAGGACCCUGUGAGGUCUACCUUUUGAUACUGGUUUUUCAAAUUUCUGAAAUAAGAAUAGAAUUUAUUUGAGAAAAUGGAAAUAUAUGGCUCUAGUGAAAAUAAAACUACUUUUUAAUGAAAAAAAAAGGUAUGUUUGAAAGUGCAUAUAACAAGAAAAUAGAAUUUCAGGAGGAAUUGUAAAAACUGUGGUUUAAAUUGUAUCUGAAAGUUUUAGUGAACACGUGUAUAACACAUACUAUUGAAAGAAGGAAGGCACAAAAAUGUAUUCCAUCUCGUGACUGACAGAGGCAGAUGGAAGAAGGGAGUUGGCACAAAUGGCCAGUGGGCAUGUGCCUUCUUACAGGGAUAGCCAGUGUCCUGGAACAAGCCUGACAGUGGUAGUGGUAUAAUUUUGAGUAUAGUAAAAACCCACCAAACUUUGUAUUUGGAAAUGAUAUUUGUAUUUUAUGAAUUUGAAUUAUGUUUAUGGAAAUUACAAAGGUACCUAGAAUAACUUAACAUUUUGCCAAAUGAAUAUAUUGUUGCUUUUUCACAAUGUCCUGGGCUCUAAAGCAUUAUCUGUAGCAUAAUGCCAGUCCCUUGGGCCCUGACUUCAAGCACUGACUUACUCUUUAAUGAAGAAUAGGACAUUGUUAUUAGGCAUGGCUUUGGAAAAUGCUGCAUUUAAAAAAGGACCAGCCUUUAAAAAGUUGAGUCUGUCCUUUAGAUAAUGUGAUUUGUAAAUGCUCAUCACCCAGAACACGGCUAGUCUUAUUUUUCUCCUAGAAACUGAAGUGCCUCCCACUCCUCCUGACCAAAUGUCUUUAAGAGCCAAAGGCCUCACUAUCUGACCCAAGAUGGGCCAGCAAAAACAGAUUUCCAAUCGUCUGAAACUACUAUAGGUCUAUGCUUUGGAUAGCUUACCCAGAACAUAAAUAAUAGCUGUUACUUUUUUAAGUUGUAUAACGUAUGCUCAAACUCUUUAUUUUUUUUGUUGUUGUUGAAUUAAAACUAUUCCUUGGGAUGGCAAGGCUUCUCAGAAAGUAAAAGUACUUGUUGCACAAGCUUGCCACUCUAAAAUCUGUUCCUGAACUCGCAGUGCAAGGGCAGAAUUGACUGCUGAAAGUGGUUCUCUGACCUUCACACGUGUGCCAUAGUGACCAAAUGAUAUGUGUGCAAACAUACACGUUGUAAUAAAUAGUUUUCAAGUAACACUUUCUUUUAAUAAAAGAAAGUGUUGUUGAUUUCCAUCAUCAAACUUUAAAACUUUAAAUUCUUUGAGCUUCCUUUUUUAGUAAAUGGAAAUUGUUUAGUUACAGUUAUAGGCAAAAGUGACAUUCGUUAUCCCUACUGAAAGGAUUCUGGGAUUUUAACAAGAAAACUAAAGCUUCAGUGAAUUCAUAGGAAUGAUUAUUUUAUGUUUACAGGUUUGCAUCAUCAAUUAAAAGAUUAUAUUUCUGAUCAGAAAGAAUACUCUGAUAGUGAGAAAUAAAUAGAGAUGACAGGUGAGUGUGAUUAUUUUUGUAACGUGGCACAAUUAAAAGUUCACCUUAGGGAGUAGGGAUCCUAGAUGAAUCUGAGUGUUACAUAUCGCUAGAUGGCACAUGUGUGUCACUCACGGAACAGACUGUGUUAGCAUGUAGCUUACCAUGUUCUCUUUAUUAUUUUUCCCAAAGUCCUUUUGUCUUCUACACUCUAUAAACAAGGUGUAUUGUUAAUGCAGAAGUUCUGCCUGGGGUUUGCUUCUGAUUGUGGGGCUAGAAUAGCUCUAUUGAUCAGAAAGUUGUCUAGAUUACUUGACUGACAAACCAAAAUAUUCAGUGAUCCUAAUAUACAAUAUUUAAAUUAGAAACUUUUAUCUCUGCUUAAUAAGCUUAUUUAAGGAAAAACUGAUUAAAAUCAUUUUUACCUGACUUGACAGAAGACUAUACUGUGAUUUCUCAAAGAUGUUCCCAAAUUUAAAGUAAAUUUAAGUACAUCGCUUCUCGGCCUUUUGGCUAAGAUCAAGUGAAGUAUAUUUAAGUAAAGACAAAAUAUGUAUUCAGUAUAAGCUUACUUUGAUAUAUUCACAUAUUUCUUGCAACUAGUUUAUCUUACAUUCAGUUUUCCUUAGGCACCUUUUAAAAUCACAGUGAUGGUAUAGACUCCUUUUAAAUGUACUCUUAACAAAUUGGAUAAUAUUUUAAUUUUGUUAUGAAAAAUUAUGUUGGAGAAGUAGGCAUUUUUUCACUGUUAACUUCUAGCGUAUUUAUUUUUGUAAUUUAUUGUUCUUCUUCUAACCAUUGAUUAUUUAAUACUGUGUUAUCUAAAGAUAAAAUUGAGAUAAAAGGUAAAGACUUACUUUCCUAUUUCUACAGUGAUUAGCCUCAGAUUAUUGUUUUUAUAGGCUUUUAUUAUUUAUAUGUGUAAGAAAUUCUGUUUUGUAUAUGACAAGUUAGCAACUGAGUCACUAUUAUAUGAUUUUGAUUUGUAUGGUUUACAUUUUCACAUUUUGAGCUGUAUUUCACUUAUACUGUUUAUAUUGUUUCAAACCAUUGAUAAUGAUACCUUAAAGUAUAAUUGCAUAGCAAUGCAAAUAUCUAAGCAAUACAAACUGUGCCUUGAAAAUGCAA